GCCAAUAGAGGCUGCGGAGGGGCGGGACGCCACGGCUGUCGUGAGGCCCUCCUGGCCAAUGAGGAAGCGAGCCGGGCCGGGGGGCGGGGCACCGGGGGCCUUGUCACGCUCGGGUCCGUGUGAAAACGGGGGUUCCGAGUGCAAAGCAAAGUUUUUUUGUAAACCGUCUGCAAAGGCGGGGAGGGGGGGUUAAGACGGCGGCCGCCGCCGGGCCGAGCGCAGUCGCCGCGGACGCCGUCUCCCGAGCGCCUCGGACCGAUGCUCGGCGGCCCCUCGGCACGCAGUCGCCCUCCCGCGCCCGCGCCCUCCGCCUCGCCCGUCCAGCCGAGCGCCGGCGCUUGAGUCGCUGCGCGGCCGGCGGUUUCCCCCACAGCGCCGCUCCCGCUUCAGCGCCGCGCCUCAGGCCGCCGCCAUGGGCUGCUGGGGCCGCAACCGCGGCCGGCUGCUGUGCAUGCUGCUGCUGACCUUCAUGUUCAUGGUGCUGGAGGUGGUGGUGAGCCGGGUGACCGCGUCCCUCGCCAUGCUGUCCGACUCCUUCCACAUGCUGUCGGACGUGCUGGCGCUCGUGGUGGCGCUGGUGGCCGAGCGCUUCGCCCGGAGGACCCACGCCACGCAGAAGAACACGUUCGGCUGGAUCCGCGCUGAGGUGAUGGGCGCGCUGGUGAACGCCAUCUUCCUGACGGGGCUGUGCUUCGCCAUCCUGCUGGAGGCCGUCGAGCGCUUCAUCGAGCCCCACGAGAUGCAACAGCCACUCGUGGUGCUGGGCGUCGGCGUGGCGGGGCUGCUGGUCAACGUGCUGGGGCUCUGCCUGUUCCACCACCACAGCGGCGAGGGCCAGGGCGCGGGCCACGGCCACUCGCACGGCCACGGCCACCUCGCCAAGAGCGCGCGCAAGGCCGGCCGCGCAGGGGGCGAGGCGGGCGCGCCUCCGGGACGGGCGCCGGACCAGGAGGAGACCAACACGCUAGUGGCCAACACCAGCAAUUCCAACGGGCUCAAGGCGGACCAGGCAGAGCCCGAGAAAUCCAGAGGUGAUGACCCUGUGGAUGUACAAGUCAACGGGAACCUCAUCCAGGAGUCGGACAACCUGGAGUCGGAAGACGACAAGGCGGCACAGCUGAACAUGCGCGGAGUGUUUCUGCACGUCCUUGGAGAUGCCUUGGGCUCCGUGAUCGUGGUGGUGAACGCCUCACUGUUUUACUUUUUGUGGAAGGGUUGUUCUGAAGACAGCUUCUGUAUAAACCCCUGUUUCCGGGAUCCCUGCAAAACGUCUAUAGAGUUAAUCAACAACACCCAGGCCCUGGUUCGAGAGGCCGGUCCGUGCUGGGUGCUCUACCUAGAUCCAACUCUUUGUGUUAUAAUGGUUUGUAUACUUCUCUACACAACUUACCCAUUGCUUAAGGAAUCUGCUCUCAUCCUUCUACAAACUGUUCCUAAGCAAAUUGACAUCAGACAUUUGGUAAAAGAACUACGAGAUGUUGAAGGUGUUGAGGAAGUUCAUGAGUUACAUGUCUGGCAGCUCGCUGGAAGCAGAAUCAUCGCCACUGCUCACAUAAAAUGUGAAGACCCAACUUCAUACAUGCAGGUGGCCAAAACCAUCAAAGAUGUUUUUCACAAUCACGGAAUUCACGCUACUACCAUCCAGCCAGAGUUUGCUAGCGUCGGCUCUAAAUCAAGUGUAGUCCCGUGUGAACUUGCCUGCAGAACUCAGUGUGCUCUGAAGCAGUGCUGUGGGACACGGCCACAGAUCCCUUCUGUAAAGGAUGCAGAAAAGGCCCCAACCGUUAGCAUUUCUUGUCUAGAACUCAGUGAAAACCUAGAGAAGAAGCCCAGGAGGACUAAAGCUGAAGGCAGCCUCCCUGCUGUGGUGAUAGAGAUUAAAAACGUGCCAAAAAAACCCGAAUCAUCUUUGUGAGUCUUGAAAAAGAUGUGAUGUUUGACUUUGCUUUUAAACUGCAAGAGAAAAUAGACUCCAUUGAAAUACUAA